GGGUCCCCAUGCAGGCACCUUGUGUGUGAGGCCCCAGGUACCGUGUGUGUGUGAGGGUCCCAAGUACCGUGUGUACGGUGUGUGUGAGGGCCCCAGGUACCGUGUGUACGGUGUGUGUGAGGGCCCCAGGUACCGUGUGUACGGUGUGUGUGAGGCCCCAGGGCAGCAUGAGGACAGUAGAGGUGGUGGUGGUGGUGAUUAGCGCCUGUGGGGUCCUGAGGGCGACGCAGCACCAAGGCGGAUGGGUGACCAAAUCUAAGGACAGAAUAGCCCAACCGGGUCCCUGCAAUAUCGUGGUACAUGAUGAAUCACUUACACAAGAGGAAUUUUUAACCAGAUAUGCAUACAGUGAACCUGUGGUUAUCAAGAAGUCAUCACAUAAUCAGGUGUUUAGGUCACGUACACGUCAUUCCGUCCUGUUGAAUAAUUAUGGGCAUUUGACAGUACGCCUGAGCUCAGCUAACAGCUAUAGUUACGCAAAGAGGGACAUUUCAUUCAGAGAUUACUGCAACCACCACCUUCAUCCUCAGCUACUUUCUACUCUUGGUAAUGAAACAUUUUACUUCUUUGGUGACAACAACCACGAAGAAUGGCAGGAUCUUCUUGACCUGUACGAGCCCCCACCAUAUACUCUGCCUCACCACUUCCCAGCUCUUAGCUUUGGACUAGCAGGUAUGGGUACUGGAGUUCCUUUCCACUUCCAUGGCCCAGGUUUUGCUGAAACCAUGUGGGGACGAAAGCGGUGGUUUAUGUACCCACCUGAUGUGGAUCCCAAAUUUCACCCUAACCGAACAACUUUACAAUGGCUAAUGGAAGAAUACCCAAAGGUGAAAGAUGAUCCAAAUCUUUACGAGUGUACACUUCUACCUGGGGAGAUCAUCUAUUUUCCUGACAAGUGGUGGCAUGCAACACUCAACAUUGAUAGCAGUGUCUUCAUAUCAACAUUUUUGAGCCCAUAGUAGUGAAAGCAUUUGUUACUCAGUAACAUAUUGCAUGUUCAUCAAUUGCUUUAAUUUUCAAUGUAUCAUUGAGUGCUGUAAGCAGAAAAACAAGGCUGUAUAUAUUAUUUAUGUUAAACUGUAUAUAAAUGGUCACAAUAAAUAUGGAGUAAAUGAUUUCAGCUUAGAGUAAUUACAUGUGUGUAACCUUUUUUGGAGUUGAGAGGCAAAUUUAUUCAGAGUUGGACAAUAUUCACUGCACAUUUAAAUGACAGUGUGACAAAGUUUGAAAGCAAUCUCUAGCAAUUCCAAUAAUUAUCAAGUGUGAGUACAAGGGACCAACUUUAUCUUGUCACAAAGGCCUUGGGCUGAAUUUGAGGGAACAGCAAAUGAAUAGGUAUUCAAUCUUAGUAAUAUACUCAAUACUUUGGAGUGUUUUAAAUAUACAGAAUUACUCAUUUAACAUUCAGCAUUUAAGAGUGGUGGCUAGUUUUUGUAAUCUAUAAUUAAUAUUCUCAUGUAGUCUGUGAUAAUCAUUUAAUGGUUAAAUGCAAUACACUGUACCUGUGUGUACUCUACACUUGUAGGCCUUCCUUGAUGUGGUAAGUAACUAUCAACUUCCUUGCUAGAGUACUUGUUUGUAGUUUAGAUAAACAGUAUUUGUCUUCUUAAAUCUGAAGGGGUUUUAAAAACUCUUUACAGUAUGUACUGUAAAUUAUUAUAAAUUUUAUUUGGCCAUGAUUAUUUCUGCAAGAUAUAUUUUGUAUUUUAGUAUGAUUUUAUGUAGGUAGAUGUUAAUAUUUGUAAUUCUAACACAUCAGCAGAUUUUGUUAAAUGUUACAAUUUACAGGUUUAGCUUAUUACUUGUGUGUAUAGAUAUUGAGAAAAAUUUGCCUUUUGUGUAGUAAUCACAAUUCUUAACCAGAUCAUUCCAAAGAUGAAUACACAUAGUGUAUGUCAUUUGUCAUAUUGUAAUUUGAUAGAACUGUUAUUAUAUUUACAAAUGUAUCAGUUAAGCCUUUAUAUAUUUAUUAAAAAUAAUUACAUUUAACAUUUA